AUGUGCGGACCUGCGUGGUGUCAGUCACCGCCAAGCUGCGCCAAGCUGCGGGGUGCGGCCGGGCUCGAGUGCACGCAGAACGGUGAAGAAGCCAGCCAGGGAGGUGUGGCUCCGCACUUGCGGAGCUCGGCACCCAAGAUUCCCCCACCCCCUGAACUUCUUUCCCUUUCGCGCACUUCCACCGUCUCCCCAGGCGCACCCACAAUGACCUACUCGUCUGACAGCAAGGAGGAAGCCAUCGGCUCUAUCGACGCCGCCGUCCCGGCCGACUUUGCGGGCGACAACGGCGACUACCGCUUCACCCCAGAGCAGGUCGCGGCUUACGAGAUCGAUCCGGACGUGCACAAGCGUGUCGUGCGCGCAUACGACAAGAGGAUCCUGCCUACCAUCCUUCUCAUGUACCUCUUCUCCGCACUCGACCGGGGCAAUGUCUCGAACGCCAAAUCGGACCACAUGGACCUCGACCUCGGGUUCAAGGGCAACGAGUGGAACACGAUGCUCACCGUCUUCUACGUGCCCUUCUGCGUCAUGGCGUACCCGGGUACCUUUAUGAGCAAGAAGUUUGGGGCGCACCGCACCAUGCCGAUCUACAUGGCCGGCUGGGGGGUGAUGGCGCUGGUCACUGCCGCCGUCAAGAACUACCACCAGACGCUGGUGGUCAGGCUGAUCCUCGGCAUGUUUGAAGGCUGCUUCGGCGCCUCGCUCAACAUGUACCUGGCGUGCUUCUACAAACGCGACGAGCUCGGGAAGCGCAUGGCGACAUGGUACAGCACCGUCGCCAUCUCGGGCGCCUUCUCCGGUCUGCUGUCGUACGGCCUCUUCCAGGUCAAGUCGCGCCUCCACGGGUGGCAGCUGCUCUUCCUCGUAGAGGGCAGCUUGACUGUGCUCUUUGCUGUCGUCGCCUGGUUCGCUCUCCCGCCGCUUCCCACCAAGUCAACCUUCCUCACACCACACGAGCGCACCGUCGCCGUCAUGCGCCUGCUCAAGGACGCCACGACCGAGGUCGACGCAGAGUUCAACCUCAAGGCGUACUUCGAGCCCGCGAAGGAGUGGCAGACGUGGGCGUGGGCGUUCUACUGCCUUAUCUACGGCGUCGCCAACCAGACCGCCUCUGUCUUCCUCACUCAGAUCAUCGGCAGGUUCGGUUUCUCCAAGGUCAAGACCAACUUGUACACGGUGCCGCCGUACGCAUGUGCCGUGGUUGUUCUUUGGUGCGUCGUCAUCUCGUCCGACUACCACCGCGAGCGCACCUGCCACACCAUGUUCGCCAACCUGCUGGUCGUAAUCGGUACCAUCACCCUCGCAUGCGUGCCGGUCAACCACAUCGCGCCAGGAUACUUCUGCACCUUCCUCAUCACGUCGGGCAGCUUUAUCCCCAGUGUGCUCUUCCUCAGCUUUGUCCAGAACAACACGACAAAGGAGAACUCGCGAGCCUUCCGCGCCGCCGUGAUGAACUUUGGCGCCAACGCCGGCGGCAUUGUCUCUUCCAACAUCUUCCUGCAGCAGUUUGCCCCAAAGUACGUCACCCCGCUCAUUGUCUCGGCGGCGAUCGCAGCGCUCGGCAUCUGCGUCCUCAUCUGUCUCCGCACCUACAUGGUCCUCGACAACCGCCGGCGGAACCGCGAACAAGGCGUCACAUGGACCAGCAAGGACGUGCCGACCGCCGCGCUGUCCAACGGGCCUUCGGACCCGCAGUACCGCUGGUUCUACUAGACGGGGGCGGGCGUGGAGAGGGAGGGUGGUCGCGGAAAACACAGUUGUCUUGGGGCCGGUGUAUGCAAUUGUCAUGUCGAGUACGCC